GAUAUGUUUGAUAGUAUGCUCACUUUCCCAAAAUGCAUACUAACGUCACACUUGAGGGUUUACCCAUGACUGGGCUGCUUACGGAUAUCAUAUCCGACUCGCUCGCUUUGAAUGCAUCACAAGAGUGGGAAGAUGUGUUCCUCUACACACCCUUUCUCAAUGAUCAAGCGCUUUCCUACGAGUAUGCGGAGUGCCUUGCAGCCCAAGCUUUCCUCCGAAUGGCAAAUCUGACUUACUUUGUGAAACAACGGCCAAAUGCUGAGUUCAUUUCUCCUACAGGAAAAGUUCCUCUUCUCAAAGUCAAACGUACUCUAGUCCCCGAGUUCAGCGGUAUUGUGGACUUCGUUGGUAAAAAAGGCAUAAAGUUAUGUGCGCAUCUUAGCGAUGCACAAGUAGCUGAAAUGCGAGCUCAUAUGUCAGUCAUGGAUAUGUUACUGCGAAAUGUUGAAAUGUAUGUGAUGUGGAAACAUAAUGAUACGUAUUCACAACUCACUAGAUAUCGUUAUGGAUCAGUGUAUAAAUGGCCAUUGAAUUGGAUAUUACCAGCACUGAAGCGAAGGGAGAUCCUUACGAAAUUAGAAGACAGCGGAUGGGCUGGAAAAACUACGGAAGAAGUUUUGGAGCAGUAUGAGAAGGCCCUGAGAGCGUUGUCGUCACAACUGGGUUCAAAGCCAUACCUGUUUGGCAAUCAGCCUACCGAAGCCGACGCUUUAUUGUUUGGACAUCUAUUUACCAUCAUCACAAUGUCAUUACCAUGUAUGGAUCUGAAGAAUGCCAUACUCAACUACACAAAUCUCCAAGACUUUGUUACUCGAGUAGAAACCGAAUAUUUCAAGAUUUGAUUGUUUCGUACUGAUAUAUCAUAAUAUGUGCUGAUGUUGUAGUGAUUUAUAGUCCUAAAUCAUGCUCUUUAGGCAUCGUAAUAGUUAUA